UUUGAAUAUCGGACUCUCUCUUCUUUAAUACAAGUUUUCAAGAAGUACUUGUAAUUAUUGCUUGGAAUGAUAACCUGUUUGGUUACAAGUUGAAUGGUAAUCAUAAGAAUGGAUGUUGAUUUGGAAGAUGAUGAAAAUGACUACCAUGAGAGUGUUAAUUCCUUGUAUAAGCCAGCAAACACCACAGUCCAAGAAGAGGAUCCUCUCUUGGAGGACCCAGUGCAAAACCGACCUGCUUUGAACAAGCCUAAAGACUACUUAAACGGCACCUAUAUUAUUUUCUUCAUUCUGGGAACCGGCUCGCUUUUGCCUUUGAACUUCAUCAUAACCGCGAAGCAUUACUGGAUGUAUAAGCUUCAGAACUGCUCAGAAGAUCUCUCUCCGGCUGAGCAGGAACCCUCGGAUAUCCGUGACUUCUUUGAAAGUUACAUUUCUGUGGCUUCCAGUGUGCCUUCAGUGCUCUGCUUGAUUGGGAACUUCCUACUAGUCAACAAGGUCUCUGCUCACGUGCGCAUUCUGUCCUCCUUGGUUGUCAUACUAACCAUCCUCAUGGUGAUCACAGUAUUGGUGAAAGUGGACUCUUCUUCCUGGACUCGUCCGUUUUUCGUUCUCACCUUGGCUUGCGUGGCUGUCAUCAGCAGUGCCACCACGGUCUUCAGCAGCAGCAUCUUUGGCCUCACGGGGUGUUUCCCCAUGCAGAAUUCCCAAGCACUGAUUUCAGGUCAGGCCAUGGGAGGGACAGUGAGUGCCGUGGCAUCAGUGGUGGAUCUGGCAUCAGCAUCCGAUGUUACGGACAGUGCGCUGGCCUACUUCUUGAUGGCAGAUGUCUUCAUUGUUCUGUGCAUUGGGAUGUACCUGAUCCUUCCCAAGUUAGAAUAUUCCAGGUAUUAUAUAAAAUGCCAUAAAGACAGCACACAGACACUCUGCAUCUUACCUGGUGAUAAUUUGGAGGAAGAUGAUACAGCAGCUGGUAACACCAGAGUAAUGGCACCAAGGACAAACAGAGUAGGAAGCAUGCCUCCCUUGGGGGCCAUCCUGAAAAAGACUGGCAUGUUGGGCUUCUGUGUCUUUUAUGUCUAUUUCAUCUCUAUCAUCAUUUUCCCUGCGGUCUCCUCUGGUAUAGAGUCUGUCAAUGAGGACUAUGGGAGCUUGUGGACAAAAAAGUACUUCACACCUCUAACAAGUUUUCUUCUGUACAACUUUGCUGACUUGUGUGGAAGGCAAAUCACGGUCUGGAUUCAAGUCCCUGGACCCAAGAGUAAGCUGCUGCCCAUUAUGGUUUUGCUGAGAACUUUUUUCGUGCCCGUCUUCAUGCUUUGCAACUAUCAGCCUCGACUGUACAUCGCAAAGGUGCUCUUUGCCCAGGAUGUCUACCCGGUGGUCUUCACGGUACUCCUGGGAUUCAGCAAUGGCUACUUGAGUACGUUAUCCAUCAUCUACGGCCCCAAGGUCACACCCAAAGAACUGUCAGAGUCAGCAGGGGUGUUGAUGAUGGUGUUCUUGCAAUUGGGGCUGGCUAUGGGAGCAGCCUUCUCCGUUCUCGUGGUCCAUCUCAUCUAGAAGAGAAUUGUACAAGUCUGUUCCCUAAGUUCAGCAAGUAAUAAAGUAUUUUCAGAAGGGGAGAAUGGACAUGUUCAAAAAGCUGAUGCUUUCACAUUUUAGUAGUUGAAUGAACUGUGUACAGUUCAAGUCACCCUUCCUCAAAAGGGCAUUAUAGAACUUCAAAAGGGUCAGAAAAGGGCAACCAAAAGUAUCAAGGGGCUGGAGCACCUCCCCUGUAAGGAGAAGCUGGAGUGUUUGAACUUUUCAUUUGGGGAAUAAGAGGAAUAGUGGCAGGCCAUGACAGAAACCUGUAAAAAUAUGUAUGAGGUGGAGAAAGAGAGAACUAUUUUCUCCCUCUCACAAUUUAGAGGCAUACGGUGAAGUUGAUGAAACAGAAAUUCAGGACAGACCAAAAAAAGUACUUCUUCACACAGCAUACAAUUAAUUUGUGGGACUUGGAUCCAUGGUAUGUGAUAAUGACCACUAGGUUAGAUAGCUUUGAAAAAGUAUUAGCCAAAUUCAUGGACAGUAAGACUAUCAAUGAUUAUUAGCACUGGUAAUUAAAUGGGACCUCCAUGUUCAGGGGCUGUGUACCUCUGCAUGCCAGUUGCUGGGGAGCACAAAGGAAAGGGGGCAACUUUGGCCCCUGUAUCCCUGCUGUGCACUUUCUAGGACAUCCGGAGAGCCAGUUUGGUGUAGUGGUUAAGAGCGGCAGGAUUCUAAUCUGGAGAACCGGGUUUGAUUUCCCACUCCUCCGCUUGAAGCCAGCUGAGUGACCUUGGGUCAGUCACAGCUCUUUCAGGGGUCUCUCAGCCCCACCCACCUCACAGGGUGAUUGUUGUUGUUUGGAUAAUAAUGACAUACUUUGUAAACCACUCUGAGUGGGUGUUAAGUCAUCCUGGAGGGUGGUAUAUAAAUCGAAUGUUGUUAUUAUUAUUAUAGUUGGCCACUGUGGGAAACAAGAUGCUGGUCCAGAUGGACCAAUGGACUGAUCCAGCAGGGUGGCUCUUACUUUCUAGUUCUCUUUCCUGAAGGGAUGAGAAAAAGCCUUAAAUGCCUUGUCCACUUUUACAAGCCUGUGAUGCACUGUUGAGCUUUCCCUCUCUUACAACAGAGGGCUUUCACCACUGUUCAAUGAAGUUUACAGUUACAGUGUAUGGACUGACUCCAUUUCAGAAUAAGUGCAGCUUUCUCUUCAUUACAUUUAGAUUUAUGGUUAAGGAAACCACUGAAGUCUUGUUAUGGGACACCAACAGUCAUUAAGGAUUCUAAAUGUUCCUUGUAUUUCACCUUUGAGGUGUUGUCAAUUCUGUUCAAUCUGCACCCUUAGAACUGGGAACUCUGAAUGGUCUUUAUGUAUGGUGUACUUUCUCUCAUUUCUCAAACAUUCCAUAGGGGUGGUUAAUAAAAAUAAAUUAUUAAAUCUC